GCUUUUGUUCUUAUGCCAAAUCAGCGUUUAUUGACGUCCCUCACUCAGGCGUCAGCGCAAGGUCAUCUCACUUUCAAAGAGCAUAAACUCAACUUGUACGUUGUGAAAAAAGACAUGUCAAUGAUGCCGCUCGGGUUUUACAAAUCUGUGAUGAAGCAAACGCCUCAUACCGGGACAGAUGACGACGGCAGCAGCAUAAUCUACAUCCAGAACAUCCCACAAAGCGACGCCGCUACUCUGAGGAACGCCUUGACAAAGAUCGGCUGUGUCAGAAACGUCCUGCCUCUGCUCAACAAGGCUUUUGUUGAAUUUGAGACGGAUAACGACGCAGAUCGCCUCGGCGUUUGGCACAGCCUCAUGAGAGAGGGCUCCGUCUACACGGUCACCAGGCUGAGCGUCCCACGAAGCACCAGGACAUCACAGCGUAAGGAAACGCAAAAGCCACAGCAGCCGCUGAGAGCUCUGCCAGACAGGAAGGAGAUCCUUUCUGCGGCAGGAGCACCAGAUGCACAAUGCGACGUUCCUCAGGGCACCGCCGCGCCGUGUUGGGUCACCAUGAAGACGGCGCCCUACGUUUUCCCAACCGCGUGUCCUUGGUUUAACGUCCCCAAGUUUGUGACUGUCCAGAGAGAAGAACACAUCCUGACGACUCCUCAUUUGGGCUCCGAGUUCUCCACCGUCAUGUUGACCGGUUUACCAGAAGCAACCUACAAACACGAGGACGUUGCAAGGCUGGUGUGCCGUUAUUUCCCCAAACAGGACCUGCAGAGUCUCUACUACAACGUCGUGGUCCUACCUCUGCAGAGGCGGGCCUUCGUGUUUUUCUGCGACUGGGAGGCUUGCCGCAGUUUUGUCUCGGAUUGCGUCAAAAAGCCCAUUUCUGUCAUGAACUGCACUCUCAGCGUCCACCUGGUGUUGGAGGACAUGCAUCCUGGAGCCAGUGAGGAAACGAUGUACAGAGCUCUGAUGAAAUGGAGCAAUGGUUAUGUUCCCGAGUUCUUCCUGCUGGGGAAGCACCUGCUGUGUGUGGAGAUGUUUGAAACAAACGUGGAGCUCAUCAAGAACGUCAUGAAGAAAGUGGCCGCCAUCUCCAGCUUCGUCACCUUCCUGCCCCUCGCCAACAGGAUUUGGAUCGAGAUGGUCUCACACAGCAGCGCUACGAAGGUGCUGCAGGAGAUGUCGUCAAGGAGGGACUCUUCUACAUACAUUUGGAGCAAAGUUGGACGUAUUGAGUGCGCAACUGAUCUACAUCAACGGCUGAAAGAGACCGGUCAGAUCACGAUAAACCUUGGAGCAAAGACACCAGGGGUGGUCGGCGCCGAGCCUCCAUCUUUGAAAACAGAAGCGCACGUUCCCCUCUCCGAGGCUCGUGAUGAUGCUGCAGAUGCUAGUUCUGCUGCUCCAGCAAUCGUCACUGAAUCUAGAAUUACUGAAUCUGAGUCAAAGCUGGGGGAUGGAGUCGCUGAAUCCGCAAAUGAAGUCCAGGAUCCCAAAGUCAAAGCGGCCACAAUAACAGAAGAAAGUCAACCCUGCAGGACGACUUCAACCGUAGAAGGCAACGCUGUUAGCUGUGCCACAGGUCAGGAAAAGAAGACCCAAAAAGAUCCUGUUCCAAACUCUGUCAGCAGUGUUUCAGCCGCGCCCAUUGAAGCGCUGCCAUCUGCAAAAGUUCAGGCCACCACUAAGGAGGUGGUGAGAAAGCAGCCAGCUCUUUCAGAUUACUGUCUUACUCCCGGAGAGCAGAUGGAAACCCUGCUGUUCAUCUAUAAAAUCCGUUGUCAUGGACAUGGCAUCAUCAUGUCCCCAGAAUCACUGGAGUCGAGGCUUUUACUCCUUUUCAACCUGCCGAAGGAUCAGGACGGCAGCUACACUGAGGAUGACAUCAGCAAUCUGCUCCAGAAAUUUGGAUAUCAACAUGAGGAUAAAAACAUUUAUGUGAUUCCUCAGGCCUGCAUGGCUUUUGCUGUUAUGCCAAGUUAUCAGGAGGCACGGGAGGUUUUCAUAGCUGCGAAACAGGACUUGACAUUGAAUGGAUCUAGACUGUUUGUGAGGAUUGUCAAGAGUAGGGGUGACAUGACACCGUUCAAAUUCUAUAAAUGUCUGAUGGAAACUGUCGAUUUUGAAGUCGCUGACGAUGGAUCCAGCGUCGUCUACAUCCACAACAUCUCACCGAGCGAGGCCAGAGAUCUCAGGGAAACUUUGAAUAAAGUCGAGUCUGUUAAAAACUACCUUCCUCUCCUCAACAAGGUGUUUAUCGAGUUUGAGUCUGCGCUUGAUGCCGAUCGGAUCGGAGUUUGGUACAGCCUCCUGAAACGCUGCCCGCCACAUUACAUCUGGAGGACUAACCUCCCCAUAACCACCGACACCGCAUUACCACCACGACUGGCAGCUAAGGCUUUGCCCGAUGCUAAAGAUAUUGUCGCUGGGCCGGUCGUCCCAGUGAAACAAUUAGGAGUUCCACAGGGAAGCAAGGCGCCCUUUUUCAUCAACCUGACGAAUGAGCCCUUCCUCUUCCCAACGGUGUCCCCUUGGUUCAUUGUUCCAAGAUUUUGCACAGUCCUAACAGAGGAGGACUUGGUGGAAUCCGCCUCUGUGGCCUCCAAGUUCUCCACUGUUAUGUUGACGGGUUUACCCGAAGGAAACUACAAACACGAGGAAGUUGCCCAGCUGGUGUGGAAAUAUUUUCCCAAGCAGAAUCUUUGGGUUUCGUUCUACAACAUUGUGGUUCUACCACUGCAAAAAAGGGCUUUUGUGUAUUUCAAUGACUGGCAGUCUUGCCGCGAGUUUGCCGAGGACUACCUCAAAAAUCAAGUCUCCUUGAAGGGCCACGUGCUGAAUGUCCACCUGAUCUUAGAGGAAAUGCAUCCUAAAUUCAGAGAGAAGCAGACUCCGAAGAUGGAGCUCAUGUACCAAACUCUAAUGAAGUGGAGCAAUGCUCAUGUUCCAGAGCUGGAGUCUCUGCAGGACCGGCUGCUCUGUGUGGAGCUCUUGGAGACAUCUUUGCCUCUCAUCAUAGCGAUCCUAACAUCUGUGACGAGCGUCUCUCCUAUCGUCAGCUUCCUGCCACUAGCCAACAGGGUAUGCAUCGAAAUGGCUGACCCCAGAGGAGUAACUUGGGUGGUGGCGAAGCAUGCACAGAAGCCAGAAGACUGGAGUCACUUUGGAAGGGUUGAAUCCGCUAAGAGCCUAAAACAACGCCUCCAAGACUCCUGCAAGACCAAAAUAGAUCUUGAAAUGCACACAAAAGACAUUAAUGCCAAGACUCCAGCUGUGAAAAGUGAACCACCGCCACAGGUUGGUACUGUAAACGUUGAGGUUACGGAGGUAAAAGGUGAAAGCUCUGCUGAGCGUCUGACACCAGCCACCACAGUCAAGACUGAGCCGUCCAAACCCUCAGCUAAACCACAGCAGAGCCCACAGACCAACCUAAAGACCCAGGAGACCUCCGAGAAAGGGCCGUCACAGGAUCAGGAAUGCACGAAGCCAAAAACAAACAUUUCUGAAAACUCAGGUCUGGUGAAGACUAAGAAUAAUCCACCAUCAAAAAUUUCAACAGCUUCUGCAGAAGUCGGGCCGAACGGGAAAUCUCCUGAAACUGGAAGAACGUGUACUGCCGCAUCUUCAGCUGAAGCAUCCUCUUUGACUACUGCAAAAAAGUUGUUUUGGCAUCUUAAACAUUUGAAUCCCCGUCAUGAAGAUUAUCUUCCUAUGAACUGGGUCUUGUCAUCAUAUAUUUUGAAUGUCAAUAUUACUCUGGGAGUAACUAACCUGCCAAAGUUCGGCGAUGGCGGCUACACGCAAACCGACAUCAUGAAUCUGCUACAGAACCUUGGAUUAAAAUGUCAAUACCAUCAAUUCUUUUUCGUUCCUGAAGUGCGAAAGGCUUUCCUUGUCCAGGCAAAUGUGAGAGAGGUCCAAACAUUCUUCAAAAAUCGAAACUUCAGGAAUGUUUUCUUGAAGGAGUCACGACUUUUCUUCCAUGUUUUCCAGAACUAUAACCCACUGACUAGUUUUGGCUUCUACAGAUUUUUGAUGUCUUUUUCCGACUUUCUCAAAACUUGGGAGCACUUUGACGAAACAAACGUAGUUUACUUGCACAGCGUUUCGGAGCACAAGGUCCAAGAACUGAAGAAAGCCAUAAGCAAGAAUGACAGUGUUAUAAACUACCUACCUCUCCAUGACAAGGUUUUUAUUCACUGCAAAACCCCUUUGGACGCCGAGCGAGUCAAAGCUUGGUACAGUUUCUGGAAGCACCGCCUUUCCCACAACAUACAACAGAUGGCCACGUCGGACACCUUCAAUACUUCAAAACGGCCCGGUCUGGCAGCACCGGCUCUUCCACUUGGGCAGAAGGUCACACAUGGACCCAAUGUCCCGAUUACAACAGAUGCCAAUCCAGAGGGCAGCAGGGCAACAUUUUGGAUUACCAUGACAAGAAGUCCUUACAUGUUCCACAUUGCAGCUCCCUGGUUCAACAUCCCAGCUCAUCAGACCAUCUCCCACAUCACCCAUUUAGAGCUUCAUUUGAAGUUCCCCACAAUCAUGUUGACGGGUUUACCAAACUCGACCAACUACACACACGAGGACGUGGUGUUGCUGGUGUGGAAGUAUUUUCCUGAGCAGACGCUUCACACGCUGUACAACAACGUUGUGGUUUUACCACUUCAGAGGAGGGCUUUUGUGUUUUUCAGCAGCAGUGAUGCUUGCUUAAGAUUUCUUCAAGACAAAAAGAAGAUUAAAAUGAAGUUAAAAGACUCUCUUCCCAAGAUCCAUUUAGUCCUGGAGGAUAUCCAACUUGGCUCCAGUGAGGUGUCCAUGUUUAGAACUCUGAUGAAAUGGAGCAAUAUUCAUGUUCCAGAGCAGGAUUCUUUGGAGGAGCGGCUGCUCUGUGUGGAGGUUUCUGGGACGAAUGACAAGAAUGUAAUGAUGGUUAUGAAAGAAGUGGCAAUGAUUGCUACUUUUACCAGCUUCCUUCCUCUUGCCAACAGGAUUUACAUCGAGAUGGUCGACUCCAGCGGAGCAUCAAAGGUGAUGGAGAACUUGUCUGUGAGCAGGUUAGCUGACCAGCGUGACGCUUGGAAACAGGUUGGACGUGUGGAAAGUUUGGUGAGCCGAAAAGAGCGACUGAAGGACGCUCGAAAGAUUGCAGUGAACCUUGAACGUGGCACCGUGAGCGUCUACAGGGAGGCCACGCAGCUGAAAGGUCCGCUGUGCAGCAGGAAGGAGGAGGAGCUGGCAACCUUGAAGGCUCUGCCAGACAAAAGUCUGCUCCCAUCUGAUAAAGGCACAGAAAAUCUUCCGAUUGACUUAGACUCUUUGAAUAAGCUAAAAGCAAUUAUUCUUCAGCGCAAAAAUGAACGAAGGAGCUCCACGCUAAACAACGAGAUCUCCAGUGAAAGUGGUAGCAGCUCUGAAAGCUGCUCUUCCUCCAAGCAGACCACUGAAGAAACGAAGAGCUCACAUUUGUCAUCUGCAAUCACCGACAUCCCCACUAAAGACUUGAAGAGCGUUGGCUCGUCAUGUGGGUCCACAAACACCAGCCUGUCACCUAGCUCCACCUCUUUGUCAGGAAAAAAACAAAAAGACUCGUCUGAGUCCACAAACUCUACUGCAGAUGCCAGCAAAACCUCUCCCUCAUCCUCUUCUUCAAAACCUGUCGAAUUUUCCGCCUCCUCUAAUGAGAAAAGUCAGUCAAACAACAGCGAGACUCCACUCAGAACGCCAAUAACUCCAUCCACUGGUGGAAGUAGCUGUUCAUCUGCAGAAGCGAAACCUACUGCGGCUGCAGUGGCGAAGGCCGACCUGCGAGUGUCCUCAGAGAGCUGCGCCAUAAAAACUCGUUCAGACUCCAGAAGGGAAACGUCAGUGGUCAGUCCACCUGCUCAGGGACAAAAUCUGGAGUUUAACAAGCAAAUCCAGAACGAAGAGCGUUUUAAAGAUGAAACACUGAAACAGGCGGCGGAAAGCAAAGAAAAAAAGGACAAUAAUGCGAAGAGUCCUGUUGAAGAGGUUAAUGAUUCACUCGCUGAACAAAAAGGCAAACAAAACUGCAGCCCAGAAACUCCUGGAGCAGAGAAAGCCCCGAUUCUAUGUCAGGUCGACCUCCAGGUUUCUGACAAUGUCGUGGACAGGAAGAAGGAGUUUAAUAAAAUAGACGUAGAGGCGAUUCUUGAUGCCGAAGAAAAGCGCACCGAAGAGCGGACUGUUUUAGUUAACGGGGAGAAACGUCCGGUUAAAGAUGAGGGUUCUGCAGUAAAACCAGACUGUAGGCCGAAGGCUACUGAAGCGGGAGAGGGAGAGACGUUACCAAUAAAAGAGGAGAUUUUAGACAAACACCCUGAGACACAAUCGGCAAACGGUGCAGAGACAGAGACCGCUGAAAGGACAGAGGAGAUGAUCUGUAAGGACUCGGUUCCCGAUGAAUCUGUCACACAAAGGUCUGUUAGAAGAACUAGCAGACAAGAUGAAACAAAUCAAGACAAAUUAGCCACUGAUGAACCUGCCAUCACCACAAGAGCUACCAGAAAAACUAUAAAAAUACCUGAGGAAGACUCUGUAGAUGGAAGCAAAGAUAAGAAUCAAAGAGAGACGAAUAGUCUUCCUUCCCGAGAUUCACAAGAACAUCAUAAAGAGGAAAGUCAGGAAACGGAAGAAAUGCCCGCCAAAGACAUCAAACCAACAACCUGCGAGCAAAAACCGUCACAGGAGAUCUCUGACGAUGUCAAUUUCAGAGAGACUGAAGAGGAGGAAGAAGAAGCUGCAACAACCAGGAGGACAACCGGACCGACUCCUGAGAGGAAAUCUAAAAGGGGGAUGAGGUCAGAAAGGACGCUGGAAAGAUGUGCUAAGAAGGAAAAGGAGGAAGAAACCUGCAGGGACACCGUUAAAGGUCGGCGUACCCGUUCAUCUUCAGCAGCUGUUAAGACGCCAGUAGAAACUAAUCAGUCGCAGGAGAAGGAAGAAAACCCCACAGAGAGCGCCGAGAUAAACUCUGUAGCUAUAGAGGGGAAAUCUGCUAAAACGGCACCAGUGGUGGGAGAGAAAUUAGAGGUCAGCAAAGCUGAAACUCCAGAUUCCAGACCGGGGGAAGGUCUUCAGGCGUCAGACGGUGUUAAUGAGGUUAAAACGUGCAGUCAGUCAGAGACAGAUGCUGCUGCUGAAGAAAAAGAGACUGCUACAGAUGAUCGUCCAGCUUCUGUUCAAGAGGAAAACAAUCUGACCAGAGAUGAAGGUUUGGCAGUAAAGCCAAGCCAGAGAACUGGAGCAUCUAAACGUAAGAAUGGAGAAAAUUCACCUAAAAACCAGGAAAGUUCAGCUCAAAAGAAUGAGACACAAACAAAGGACAGCAGUACAGAGACGGAGACUGAGGGGGCAGAGGAGAUGGUCUAUAGGGCCUCUGUUAAAGAUGAAUCUGGGACAAAAAGAUCCUUUAGACAAACUACAAGGUUAGCCAAACAAGAUAAAACUAAGAAGGACAAAGCAGCAACUGUUGCCACAACAUCCACCAUGACCAGAAAAAGAAAAAUAACAGAGAAAGGACCUUUAGUUGAAAGAAAAGAAGAGACUCCAACAAGGAGGAGGAGAGCUGCUGCCGUAGAUUCACCACAAAACAAAGAGAAAACCCAGAAAGCAGCAAAAGAAACGGCCCCUAAAGACGUCACACCACUGGGCUGUGAACAGAACCCAUCACCAGAGAUCUCAGAGGACCUCAGUUUUAGACGGACCAAAGAGGAGGAACAAGAAGCUGCAACAACCAGGAGGAAGGGUCGACCCAAGAAGACAACUGGACCGGCUCCUGGUUGUCGUACCCGUUCAUCUUCAGCAGCUGUUAAGACGCCAGUAGAAACUAAUCAGUCGCAGGAAAAGAAAGAAACCCCCACAGAGAGCGCCGAGGUCAAAUCUGUAGCUAAAGCAACCCAGAGGAGAGGUCAGCCCAAGAAGACAACCAGACCGGCUCCUGUGAGGAAGUCGACCAGAGUGCGAGGGUCAAAUCCUGAUGGACUGAUGCUGGAAAGAUAAAAAUGUCAGGGCACCCCCUACAUGACGCUCUGAAGGGACGUCUUUCUGAUUGAAGAGCUGUCUCUCUUUCACAUUGGAUACAUUUGUUUAAGCAUUGGACGAUUUUUCAAAUUCAGCACCUUGUUGCCGACAGAACAUUAUCUUCAUACACAGAUUUGUUUUUAUCUUGGUUUUUUUUUAGGAGUCACUGGCAUUUAUAAGAAAAGUUCUAGUUUUUAUAUAUAUUUUUUAGACUUAAUCCAGUGAGUAUGAAAUGUUUACUUGUGGUAAAAUACUUUGUUUUUUCUGUGAAGAUGCGCCGGUGUUCUAAAUAAUUAGCGUUUGUGUUUGUUUUGUAUUGUAAAAUGUUUUAAAGCAAAGUUAUUAAUUUGUUGGAUUAAAACAUAAUUGCUUGAAAAAAUUGUUGACGUUGCAUUUUGUUUUCUGUUUCUUUAGACGAUGUAGUGGAUUAAUAUCUCACAAUGCAUGUAUUUUUGUCACAAUAGUUGAAGGGUGUGCUUACAUAUCUCACAAUGAAUGU